CAUCUAAAAUUAUUUAAUUGAGAAAAAGAAAUGGAAAGCAAAUAGUUCCUGGACUGGCCUUUUGUUAAUGUCGCCAUGGCCUCUGUCGCUUAGCUUUCGUUUCAUUCCCCAAUUCAUCAUUCCAAAUUUCAAUUAAAAAAAAAUCAGCUAAUUUCAAUCAUUUUCUAACAUUUUUAUGGUUUUAAUGGCAUCUCCUUCAGAUACAUGGAUAAAAGAAUACAACGAGGCAAUAAAAAUUGCAGACGAUAUCAAUGGCAUGAUAUCCGGCAAGGGUUCCUUGCCUUCGUCUGGACCGGAAACGCAGCGUCACGCUUCAGCUAUUCGAAGGAAGAUUACGAUCUUAGGGACUCGACUCAAUGGACUGCAAUCCCUCAUGUCUAAACCUACUGGGAAGCCAUUAACAGAUAAGGAGAUGAAUCGACGCAAAGACAUGGUCACGAAUUUGAGAUCAAAAUCGAAUCAAAUGGCUUCGGCAUUCAACAUGUCGAACCUUGCUAAUAGAGACAGCUUACUAGGGACAGAAACUAAGCCAGAUACUAUGAGUAGAACAAUCGGUUUGGAUAACUCCGGCCUUAUCGGUCUUCAACGACAAAUAAUGAAAGAGCAAGAUGAGGGUCUCGAGAAGUUGGAGGAAACGCUCGUAAGCACGAAGCACAUCGCAUUAGCGGUCAGCGAAGAACUUGAUCUGCAUACCACACUAAUUGAUGACCUCGGCCAACAUGUCGAUGUCACCGAUUCUCACCUACAGAGAGUGCUGAAAAACAUGGGAAUUAUGAACAAGCACAUCAAUGGCGGAUGGUCGUGUAUGUGCAUGCUUGUAGCUGUCAUUGGAAUUGUGGUUCUGCUUGUCCUUAUAUACCUACUCAUCAAAUACUUGUAAGAGAUAAUAUCACAUUUUGUAACGGUACUUUUAUAAAAUGUCUAAUGUGGUACUGAACUAUUAAUAUGUGUUUUAUUAUGGUACAUGUAAUUUUUAUAAAA